AAGAGUAAUAGAGACAUAUGUUGUUCAUUGGGGUUACAAAGCUUUUGAAGUUGAAGGCAUCUCGAGAGAGAGAGAGAGAGACAAAGAGAGCUCUAUGGAGAAGAAACUGCUUCCGCCUAAAGGGAUUCUCAAGAGCGAGGCUCUCAAAAAGUACAUCUUUGAAACGACGGCGUAUCCUAGAGAGCAUGAACAACUCAAGAAAUUACGUGAAGCUACGGUCCUCAAGUAUGGCAAUUUAAGCGAGAUGGAGGUGCCGGUGGAUGAGGGGCAUUUCCUAUCGAUGCUUAUAAAGAUAAUGAAUGCCAAAAAGACGAUAGAGCUUGGUGUUUUCACCGGUUAUUCGUUACUCACAACUGCCCUUGCAUUGCCUCAUGAUGGACAUAUUACUGCAAUAGACAUUGAUAAAGAAGCUUACGAGGUGGGACUAGAGUUCAUCAAAAAUGCAGGUGUUGAUCAUAAGAUCAAUUUCAUCCAAUCUGAUUGUCUUCAGGCCUUAGACAAGAUGUUGAGUGAGAAUCCAAAACCAGAGUUUGAUUUCGCAUUUGUUGAUGCUGAUAAACCAAACUAUGCAAACAUGCACGAGAGACUAAUGAAGCUGGUGAAGGUAGGAGGAAUCAUAGCGUUUGAUAACACAUUGUGGUUCGGGUUUGUGGCGGAGAAAGAGGAAAACGUGCCAGAGCACAUGAGGAUGAACAGAAAAGCCUUUUUGGACUUGAACAAGCAGCUCGCUGCUGAUCCUCGCAUCGAGCUCUCUCAAGUCUCCAUUGGUGAUGGUGUCACUCUCUGUAGACGCCUUGUAUGAUUAAGAGACUCAUCAAAAUAUCAAAUGUUUCUUGGUUUUGUUUGGUUUGGGAUUUGAAUUGUCGAGUGCUUGUUGUGAUGUGAUUUGAUCACAUAUAUAAAAAUCGUAUAUCAUA